AUGAACAAGGACUUGAUCAAGAAGCUACAGGUCUCACAACGGGAGGAAGAAGCAGAGGUCUGGGAGCAGUCUCGUUGGGGUAUUGGUGUGCUACGGGCAACUUGGGGCAUGAAAGCGUCGUUCUUCCCUUUACUCAACAGAAUCGCUCUAUCCUUCACCUGGUCAGCUAACAUGCACAACCCGUUCCCCGCAUCCACCGCUAUGGAUGGCGCCGAUUUCCUGUGCUUCGUCCUCUUUCUCCUCAUCUCACUCCCUUUACUCUACAUCCCUCCCGAGCAUUAUCGAAUCCCCUUCUUGUUCACCUCUGUCAUCGCCACAGUCUGCUCUUUCACCCUGUUUAUCUGGUCGCUUGCACGAGCUCAUGGCGGUGGACCGCUCAUUGGAAGUGAGGCAAUGUCAAUCGUCGGCGUGGAAAAGGCUCGAGGCGCUGCUCUUGGCUGGGCUAUGGUCUAUGGCAUAUCCAGUCAAAUGGGCCAGAUCUGCGCAGGGGUGAGUUCACAAUGGAACAGACCUUGGCUCACCUUUUAG